UUCCGGGUAUCGGCGCAACAAAAUGAUCGCGUAACGACGAGUACUUUGUAGUCCACGGAAUCUGACUUGAUGGUCGAAAGACUUUGUUUUUUGAAAUGUUGCUGACGAAGGUCCGCCUGUCCAAAGCGCUGCAGCUCACCCUGGCGGUCAUCAAACCGGAUGCUGUGGCUCAUCCUGUAAUGUUGGAGGCUAUUCAACAAAAAAUUCUGGACCACAACUUUGUUAUAGUCAGAUGUAAAGACCUGGUGUGGACGAGACGGGACUCGGAGAGGUUUUAUGCUGAACAUUCAGGGCGAUUCUUCUAUCAAAGACUUGUUGAAUUCAUGUCAAGCGGUCCUAUGCGAGCGUACAUUUUAGCCAGAGAGGAUGCGAUACGUCACUGGAGGGAACAGAUGGGACCAACCAAAGUGUUUCGGGCCCGAUACACGGACCCCGCUUCCCUCAGGGCGCAGUUUGGGCUCACAGACACGAGGAACACAACUCACGGCUCAGAUUCUUCAGAGUCGGCUCGAAGAGAAAUCAGUUUCUUCUUCCCGGAUUUCAAUGUGGAGGAGUGGCUGGAGAAGGAGGAGCCGUUGUUCCGGUCGAGACAGAUCUGCUACGACCCCCAAAAACACAUCCACACACUUUCAUCACCAAGCUGACCCCAGAACAGUUUUACCUCUGUUCUACAGCCCGAGGUCAAGAUGAGGUCCAAGACCGUUCAGGUUUCAGAAAUGAGUCUGCCUGUUGUUUCACGCUUAAACCACGUGUGUGUCAUGGAAGCAGAUCUUACUUGAGCAUUUGGCAUGGAAUAAUUCACAGCAGAAACCAUAAAUAGUUUAAUUUAUUAAAAACAAAAAAACAGACACAUCUCACACGCUCAGGUUUAUCUGUAAAGGCUGCACUCAUCAGUUCCAGCUUCUUGUGUUGUUCAGUUAACACAAGUCGUGUCUCGACGCCAAACAUUGAGACGAACAAGUUGAAUAUUCACAACUUUACACGUGUACCUGCGCUCAGAAGCAUCUUAAAAUAGUUUUUAUUUUGAAACACCCUGUCUGCUGCAAAGAUUUUAUUUUGAUUUGAACACAAAAUACUUUUAAAUGUGAAUCUUUUUACGAUGCUAAAGUACAAUAAAAUACACGA